AAUAAUUUAAUGGCAUUUCUAGUCUUAGAUUUCUCUUUGUGUUUUACUGGUUCUAAUUCGUAUUUAGAUAUCAUAGAGAAUCAAUUCAGACACUGAAUGGGCUUCCUCAUUAAUCUCUGUCAUCAGAAUGGUUCAGCAGCUACUUUACACAAUACUACAGAGAGCUUUAGUCUCUCACGGCUUGAAUCAUUGCACUGUGGGUUCAGUGCAUUCCCUGGGUCCCAUGUGUGUGUGUGUGUGUGUGUGUGUGUGUGUGUGUGUGUGUGUGUGUGUGUGUGUGUGUGUGUGUGUGUGUGUGUGUGUGUGUGUGAGAGAGAGAGACAGAGAGAUAGUGGGAGAGAUGUGAGGUUUAGCUUUGAGUCAGAGGCAGCAGCUAAAGCUAAAGUGUGUAGGAUGAGACUGUCCCUUGUCCCUCCCAGUCUCUCAUCAACUAUCUCUAUGUUUUUUCUCUUUCUAAUUGAAGACAACAUACACUUGUGUAGAAAGGAUAAUAUUUGUUUUAUGGAUCAUAGUCGAUUGAUGGUGUGUGUAUGUGUGUGUGUGUGUGUGUGCGUGUGCGUGUGCGUGCGUGUCCAUCCCUUUCACAGUAAGGUGAGUGGGUGGUAGCGGCAACUGGUCUACUUAUGUGGCUCGUUGCAUAGCAGACAUGCUUCUCACUGCUUGAUAUUACUCAUUUCCUCAAGUCUAUACACACACACACACAUACACACACACAGUCUCAGUUAGGCACUGACGCUCAUACACAUGCUGACACACUGACACGCGCAGUCUCAAGGCUUCUCAGUGUUAUUCUCACUUUGGUGGGCUUGCUUGUUCUAUUUCUCACAUACAUCGCUGUGUGACAGGGUGUGACUGGCAGCUGUUGCUCGUGUUUCUAUUAGUGCUGUGGAGGUAAAGUAGGAAGCAGUCUGGGGGGAGGGGCUUGAUCCCCUGGAUGACUGCAGCAUGUAUGGCCACCAACACUCGGACAACACUCUGGUCAGCAGCCCACUCUAAGUGAUCUGACAGUGAUGUCGUGUCGAGGCCCAUCCCUCUCUCUGCACCUAUUUUUUUUUUUUUCCCCCGUGAGGCCCAUGUGACCUAGCCAUCGCCCAUCGCCCGCCGCCACUGGCACCCACCCAUGAAUCCCAGCCCUGACCGCGGCAAAGAGUGCCUCCCCCCUAAGAAGAGGGAGUUCCGGGAUGGCUCGGCUGACCAGCACCCCCCCCUGGACGAGUUCAAACCACCCGCCACGCCCCCCAGGACCCGGCCCUCAAGCAGCUCAAGGAGGGGGGAAGAGGGCAGGAAGAGCAGCGAAGAGGCUUUGACGAACCGCCACAGCCUGCUACCCUCUAUCCCACCCCCCCUCCCAUCCCAGUGUAUCCCCCUCCCUCUGCCAUGGCACCUGGCCUACCCCUCCUCCGUCCCUUUUCUCUUCCUCAAAGACCAGGUAGGGGAGAGGGAUGAUCUUCUCCCCACCCCCUUCCCCCAUCACUCCAGGUGGCUCCAAGGUGAAAUCCUUCCACCCUCCCCCUCCUCAUCCUCUUCCUCCUUUAAGAGCCGCUUCCCCACUGACUCAAGAGACAUGUGGUCCUAUUUCAACACAGGCCGAAGGGACAACAGCUCCUCUCUUUUCUCCCCCUCUCACCUGUUCAGCCAGCCCUCCCUCUACCCCUGUGACCGCUCCCUGACUGAGGGCAGACACAGGUACUUGGGCAAGAGGCCCAACGGGCUGGAUGGGUCAGGCAGCAGGACUGCCUCUGCCUCUAGGGUGGCACCCCUCUCAGGAGAGUACAGGAACGAACCCAGCGGCAGUGCCAGGUUGGGCGGCAGCCCCCACGGUUCCCAUGCCAACGGGAGACGGAGACACCAGGAGGUUCCCACAGGGCAUUUCGAGCAGUUUGCAGGUUUCCGAGAUUUCCAAGCGCCACCUCCGGAGGGCUCUGACUCACAUUCCUCUCUGCAGGACAGGGAUCCCCGUGGGACGUCAAAGGCUGGGACCUCCACCCUGAUCCCCACCAGUCCCCAGCCCCAUGGGGCAGAGACCCGGGCAGGGAGAGGGGAGCUGCUGGAUCCCCUGAGGGGCUCAGUGGCGGAGGCUCAUGUCUACUACUCCCUGGCUUCUGUUUACUCCACCCUGCAGCCCAGCCAGCUCAGUACCCAGGCCCAGGCUCAGCGCUACCCGCUGUACAUCCCCUCAGGCAGCUCUCUGUAUGGCCUGCACACCAUGAGGAACUCACAGCACUCAACCCAGAGGCAGCCCAACAGCCACAGCACAGAGAAAGACAGAGAACAAGACAGACAACAAGAACAAGAGCGAGAAAGAGAGCAUGAAGGAGACAGAGACAUCAGAGAGAUAGACAAUAAAAGAGACAGGGAUAAAUACAGCAGAGAGCUCUCUCCUGGGCAGCAAUACUCGCAUCCUCUUGCCUCCCCCUUCCUUCCCCACAUGACUGCCUCACCCUCUGCCCCCCACCACAUCCCCCCAGCACUCCUACCUCACUUUGCCAAGGGUUCUCUGAUUGAGCUGGUGGGGGGUCGUUUGAAGCGUGUGGAAGAGCUGAGGACGGAGGACUUCCUGAGGAGUGCUGACACCUCCCCAGAGUUCCACCUGAGCACCUGCACCGUGCUGCUUAUCGCCCCCAGCAACACACACGGCUUCAACCACCUGCAGGUCCUUCUCACAGACAGCAACACUCAGGAGUUACUGACGGUUCUGGUGGAGUACCCGUUCUUCGUGCGUGACCGCGGCUGGUCUUCCUGCUGUCCCCAGAGAACCGCCCAGCUCUACGGCCUGUCCUGCCGCCAGCUCAGCGAGGGAGACAUCUGCUUGGCCCUCACCCCCUUACACACACGCACAGCCCCCCGGGGCCACAGGACACACACCCGGGCCAGGGCCAGCACACACAGGGAGGAUAUGCCCCCUCCUCUCCCUCCUCCUCCUCUUCCUCAUCCCUCCCCUGCUCUAGUCCCUCCUCCUCUCCCUCCUCCCCCUGCAGACCCCCCCACCCAGGAGCAGCCACACCCACGCAAGAGGCGAUGGUCAGCCCCCGACCUCCUCCCUCCCACCGGAACUACUGGGAUUGACAAGACCACCGAUUUACCUCACGGCUCCAAGCAGAGGAAGUGGCAUUAGAGCGCACACGCAAGCACAAAUACACCCUCCUUGUGUGAGAGCACGAGGCAGGGUUGCAGGGAAGGACAAAGAACAGGCAACUUUAAGGGUGUCCACACUGCUGCCCAAAGCAUGAGCCCAUACCCCUCUUUCUUCAUCCCUCUUUUCCCAUCUCCCAAUCUCUGCUUAACACACCUCAGACAGGGGCAACAGUCUGAGGGGCAGCAGUCUGAGGGGCAGCGGUCUGAUGGGCAGCGGUCUGAGGGGCAGCGGUCUGAGGGGCAGCGGUCUGAGGGGCAGCGGUCUGAGAGGCAGCGGUCUGAGGGGCAGCGGUCUGAGGGGCAGCGGUCUGAGGGGCAGCGGUCUGAGGGACAGCGGUCUAAGGGGCAGCGGUCUGAGGGGCAGCGGUCUGAGGGGCAGCGGUCUGAGCUGCACAUUGACAUUAUGAGAUGUUUAGUGAGAAUCAAGCAUUUGUUUGUGUUCACUCUGUUUUCAUAAUGGUUGUCCCACACCCUUACAUACUGACAGUGUUUUCUGCAGGGUAUCGAUUUUCAAUCAGUGUGAAAGUAAACUGUAUUAAAGAAGUCUUUCACAGAUACUGUAUAUACAGUGCCCUCUGUAAUUAUUGGGAAAGCGACAAUUUUGUUGUUGUUCUGGCUCUGUACUUCAGCACUUUGUAUAUGAAAUGAUACAAUGACUAUGACGUUAAAGUGCAGACUGCUGCUUUAAUUUGAGAGCAUUUUAAUCCAUACCAGGUGAACCGUUUAGAAGUUACAGCACUUUUGUACAUUGUCCCUCCAUUUCAGGGGACCAAAAGUAUAUAUUCACUUACAUGCAUUAAUGUUGUCAAAAGUUUAGUAUUUGGUCCCAUAUUCCUUGCACGCAUCAAGCUUGUGACUCUACAAACUUGUUGGCUGCAUUUGCUGUUUGUGCCCAGUUGAAAUGAAUGGUAAAUCAUUUAUUGUGUCAUUUUGGAGUAAUUAAGAGUAGAAUGUUUCUGAACACUUCUACAUUAAUGUGGAUGCUAACAUGAUUACAGAUAGUCCUGUAUGAAUCGUGAAUAAUGAUGAGUGACGCACAAAUAUCAUACCACCAAGACAUGCUAACCUCUCACUAUUCCAAUAACAGAGGAGGUUAGCAUUUUAUUUGUAUUUAUUUUUUAAGUCACAAGCUUGAUGUACUCAUUGCUUGUUAGGAAUAUGGGACCAAAUAAUAACUUUUGACUACUUUAAUACACAUAUAAGUGAAUUUGUCCCAAUACUUUUGGUCCCCUAAAAUGGUGGGACUGUGUACAAAAAGUGCUGUCAUUUCAAUAUGGUUCACCUGAUAUGGAUGAAAAUACUCUCAGAUUAAAGCUGGCAGUCUACACUUACCUCAUAGUCAUUGUAUCAUUUCACAUCCAAAGUUCUGGAGUACAGAGCCCAAAUAAAUGACUAUAUAUUACAUUACAGUUGUUCUAUGCUAAACCCGAUUUAAUGAAACCUCUCUGAUUGUCACUUUCGCAAUGUGUUCUCAGUUUUAAAUCUUCUAGCUUCUUCUGAGCCGAAGUCUGUCAGCAGGUCGGUCGGUAGAUCUGGGCAGGCAAGGUGAAUGAAAGUAUCAGCAACUCUUAUCGGGGGUCAUGUCAAUCGCUUGUUCGCCAAAGCAUUGCCCUUGUUCUUAACAAUGUUUCAGCAAAGGGAAAAACACUAAUGAAAACUUCGUAACAGACAGUCCCCUCCCACACAGAUGGGUCUGUGUUACCUCGCCUCGAAACUGAGUGUUUUUCCAUUUUUUUAAAUUGUAAAACUAGAAAAAAAAGUCUAGAUAGAGGGAGAGUAUCGGUGCUAAUAACAGGUUGGAACACGAUGCUUUGUGAACAGACAUUUGACCCCUCUGUACUGUAGGGCGGCAGGUAGCCUAGCAGUUAGAGCGUUGAGGACCUGAAAGGUUUGAAAGUCGCUGGUUCGAAUACCCGAGCCGUUAAGGUGAAAAAUCUGUCAGUGUGCCCUUGACCCUAAUUCUCUCCAGGGGCGCUGUACUACUAUGGCUGACCCUGUAAAACACAUUUCACUGCACCUACUUGGUAUAUGUGAACAUAAAACAUAUUUAUUUAUUUUACUGUACGCUGUACCCUUUCUGUUCCCCUUUCUUUUCUCCAUGUACUGUAUGUGUUCGUGCGCAGGGAAAAAUGAUUGAAAGUAUUUUAAAGCUCAGAUACGGGUAUCUUUUUCAGCACACUCUUUCACUUUAGUUUUGAACUUUUUUUGUUCAUUUGUUGUUUUUCUUUGUAAAUGUUAUAGCUAUAAAAAAAUAUAUAUUUUUAAAAUUGUGUGUCUGUUAUAUAAUGUUUGCUAGAAAUAAUAAUAAUAAAAAAGCUUUAUAGAUUUA